AUGCACCUCGAGGAUUACCUCGUUGUCGACAAGAACGGGGAAAACGUAAGGCAACGUGUUUAUUCAACAAACGGGAUCGAUCAAGAAGAAUAUCUUCUUGAUUCAUCGUCUCGUUUGAUAUCCACAAUGAACGUCGUUGGAAGUACACGAGAAUCUUGUUGGACUAAUCAUCAUUCCUCGCAAGUGGAUAAUAUUGGAUCAUCCUCGCCAUUUUUAUCAACUUCAUCCAAUUCUUGUAAGAAAAAUGAUUGGGAAGAACUCUCGGUUGCUAUACAAUAUCCCGAUCAACGGCCUGAAACAUUAAGCAAUAAUUGCAAUGAAGUAAACAAUUGGAAUAACGAAAUUACGAGAAAUGGUGAUUAUUACGAUGACAAAACUAAUGGACGGCAAAGAUUGCCUUCGGUAGGAACAGCAUUCUCAUUUUCACGAGCUUUCGUAUAUCCCGAUUAUCAAGGGUAUCAGGAUUAUCAAGAGACCACAAAUUUAGUAACAUCGAUUAGUUCGCAAAACGAAGAAUUUCAGGAACUUGGUAGCGCCAUGCAAAUAGCUACCAAUGAAUUUGAUUUGAGUUUGAUUAGAGGCGAUCCUACUUCUUUGCUUGCUAAUGUUGAUUCUUCCUCGUCUUCGGCGUCAACGUAUUUGGAAGAGUUGCAGGAUCCGUUUCAAAACGUUGAUGGUCUAUGUUAUGCCGUUGGUCAUUUGGUAUCUUCACAAUCGAAUACACAAUUGUCCUCGGUGAAUUUUCAUCAGGAAAAUGUGGUUAAAGAUAAUCUUGGCAAUCAAGUGGUUUUACCUCAAAACGAAGGAUUACUUCUUGCCGAUCAACGUGUUCCAAGAUCUGACGUAACAGCGAAGAACGAAGUUUGCGAUAGAUCCUAUGAUCGUGCCACGGUAGAAGAUAAUAAUUUCAUGUCGACGUAUCAAUGUCGAUGGAUAGAUUGCGGAAGUGCUUUUACGGAACAAGAAAGUCUCGUAAGACAUAUUGAGAGGCGGCACGUAGAGUCUUCCUCUUCUAACGCGCAUGGACAUGGACGACGCGUACAGAGAGACAGAGAUAAGGAAAAGGAGAGAGACGGGGAUAGUUCUUUCUUAGGACAAACGAGUGGUCCAACGACAGGACAAGACGAAUUUGCUUGUCUUUGGCAAGGUUGUCCUCGUGCUAGACCAUUUAAUGCUAGAUACAAAUUACUCAUACAUAUGCGAGUACAUAGCGGUGAGAAGCCAAAUAAAUGCCCUUUCGCUGGUUGUAAAAAGGCAUUUUCCCGGCUUGAAAAUUUGAAGAUUCAUCAGAGAUCGCAUACCGGAGAGAAACCUUACGCCUGUCAACAUCGUGGCUGCACUAAAGCUUUCAGCAAUAGUAGCGAUCGAGCUAAACACCAGAGGACUCAUUAUGAUACGAAACCUUACGCUUGUCAAGUAAGCGGCUGUGGUAAACGUUACACGGAUCCAUCAAGCUUAAGAAAACAUGCAAAAAAUCAUGCGGAACCAACCACGUCGUUAAUGGCAUUACCAACAACUACUUUAGAUAAUAAAAUGUCUAUCGGUUAUAAUAAUUCGUCGAACGUAAUAACGGAACAUCGUAAAGAUACAACAAAUACGUUACAUCAGAUUAGACAGGCGAACAGUCCGCUCUCUACAAAUUAUAGAUCAUUAAAAAAUUUGGAAUCUUGUAGAGAAGAUGAUAUUGAUUUUCUUUAUACUAAUUUAUACGAAAGUGAAAGGAUCCCUUCCGUUUCGUUUGAUAAUAAUCAUCAAGAAUAUGUACCGAUAGAAUACAUGAAACGUUUUCUUAUCGAAGACAUAAAUAAUUCUCAAAACGAUUGUAAUACUGGAUAUGGCACGAACGACGAUGUUCCUGAUUUCCAAGAACUCGGUUCUGACAUCGAACAAGAGUUUCUUGAGUUAAGUAAUCUCAACGAUGCUGUUUUCAUCGAUGUUUAAUAUCGCAUAUUGUAUUUUUAUAUUUAA